UUUUGCAAUUUGAUAUUUAUAAAAAUGUAUCAGUGUGGUUUAAGGUCUAUGGAUGUCUUUUGAUAUACUGGCUUUUAACUCCUUGAUGAUUUGAUUCUUCUUUACUCGUAAUUUUGGUAAAUCUUCAUUAACACGCGAUCGUAAUUUCCAAAAUGUCUGCCUCCGCCAUAUACCUACUGGACCUUAAAGGAAAGGUCCUCAUAUCGAGGAACUACAGAGGAGAUAUAGAUAUGUCUGUAGCAGAUAAAUUCAUGUCAUUGCUGAUGGAAAAGGAAGAAGAAGGUUGUGUCACUCCAAUCUUGUCUCACAAUGGGAUAACAUUCAUGUAUAUUAAAUAUAAUAAUUUGUAUCUUGUUGCUACCACGAAAAAGAAUGCCAAUGUCGCUCUUGUCUUUGUUUUCCUGCAUAAAAUUGUCCAAGUCUUUAUUGAAUACUUCAAGGAAUUAGAGGAGGAGAGUAUCAGAGAUAAUUUCGUCAUUAUUUAUGAACUUCUGGAUGAGCUAAUGGACUUUGGCUACCCGCAGACCACGGACAGUAAAAUUCUGCAGGAGUUCAUCACUCAGGAAAGUCACAAGAUGGAGGCUCAGCCGCGACCACCGAUGGCAGUUACGAAUGCAGUUUCUUGGAGAUCUGAAGGAAUCAAAUAUCGCAAGAAUGAGGUUUUCUUGGAUGUCAUCGAGUCAGUCAAUCUCUUGGCUAAUGCCAAUGGCAACGUAUUGCGCAGUGAAAUCGUCGGUUGCAUUAAAAUGAGGGUUUACCUUUCUGGAAUGCCAGAGCUUCGUUUAGGACUGAAUGACAAAGUAUUAUUCGAAAGCACUGGCCGAGGGAAAAGUAAAUCUGUCGAAUUGGAAGAUGUCAAGUUUCACCAGUGUGUACGUCUGUCCAGAUUUGAGAAUGAUCGCACCAUCUCAUUCAUCCCCCCGGAUGGUGAAUUCGAACUCAUGUCUUAUCGUCUAAACACUCAUGUGAAGCCACUGAUAUGGAUAGAAUCCGUCAUCGAGCGGCAUGCCCACAGUCGGGUCGAGUACAUGGUGAAAGCAAAGAGUCAGUUCAAGCGACGAUCCACUGCCAACAACGUAGAGAUAAUUAUUCCAGUUCCCAAUGAUGCUGAUUCGCCGAAAUUCAAAACCACCGUGGGCAAUGUGAAAUAUGCACCCGAGCAGAAUGCUAUUAUUUGGAGUGUCAAAUCCUUCCCCGGCGGCAAAGAGUACCUUAUGAGGGCCCAUUUCGGAUUGCCCAGUGUUGAGAGUGAAGAGAGCGAGGGCAAGCCUCCCAUCCAAGUUAAAUUCGAAAUUCCUUAUUUUACGACUUCCGGGAUCCAAGUGCGUUAUCUUAAGAUUAUUGAAAAAAGUGGUUACCAAGCUCUUCCAUGGGUUAGAUACAUUACUCAAAAUGGCGAUUAUCAGUUAAGGACUCAUUAAAAUUAUAUUGCAUUAAAUGUCUGUUGAGUUCUGUUUUGUUUUUGGUGGUGAUUCCUAGGGGUACAAAAACGCUUCUUUCUUGAUCAAAGUAACAAGAUUUUGUUUUUUUUAUUUCCUAUAGUUGAAACCCAGUGCAUUAUAUUUUUAUAACAGAAGUUUUUAUACUAGAUGUUGCAUUCCAAAUCUUUUAGCUUCAUUUAUCCUCGAUUUCACCCUUAAUUAAUUUAAACAUAGCAAGAGUUUUAUUUCAAAAGAGAAAUGCUGCGAAGAAUAGUUGUUUGUAAUAUGAAUUGUAUUAUAUGUUACAGUGAUUCAAAUCUAUGUAUAAAUAAAUUACAUUUAAUCUUA